AUGAGCUUCGUGGCUUCACGUGCUGUAAUGUUGGCCAAAUUCGUGGCCAAGCAAAUGUCGGGACCUGAUCAAUUUAUCGACUGUAUCGAUCAUCAGCUGGAAAUCCAUUUGAAGGAGAUCAAAGUCGCCAUAGAGACUAGUGUGAUACCGUUAGGCUCUUUGCGCAUCGGUUCGUACCUCGAGAGGGCCUUGCUGUUUAAAGUUAUCGCGGAUAGGGUGCAUCUACCCGCUGCUUUGGUACGGGGAGAGUACGGGAAGGCUUGGAUCGAAAUAGCUGUGCCCGAAACAAAGGACCCAGCCGAGGAGACGUCGUUCCAGCCCUACAUAGCGGGAAACCCGUCGAGUCCGGAAUUUCUAAAGUUGCAAGUACAGAAGUCGGCGUACAAACAUAGCCCGGUGCCCGUGGAUCAUCGUCAAACGGCGUUCCCGUCGAAGCUGCUCAAGCCGAACUUCAUCGUCGACCUGAUGCACUCGCCCGGCGAUCUCAUCCCGAUAAACAGUCGUCGGGCGAGGUUGUACCGUGAGAAGGCAUCGAUUUGCCGGCGGGUUUGCCGUGACACACCGAAUCCCGUUUCUGCAACGCGAUAG